AACAUCGCUAAGCAAGUCCCACGGCAGGGCUCAAGUGCGAGCCCGAACCACCAGCACUCAUGCUGUGAUAGUACUCAGCAUUUCGCGAGUUUCGUGGUGAAAAGCCCGACCUGAAUAGCGACAAUGAAAUCAUGACACACACCAGCAAUGCCAUGAUUCUUGUCGCUCGUGUAGUGCAGGGACCUCUACUUCGAGUACGCCCUUUCCAGCGAGCACAUCUCACCACGAGACGAUGCUCGCCAGUUUUUUGUGCCAGUAGGCACUACGCCACGCCUUUCCGAAGAGCAGCUCCAGGGGCAGAGCAGGACAUUUCCGCUCCAGCAAGAACCCGUUUUGCCCCUUCACCGACGGGCUACUUGCAUAUUGGAUCGUUACGCACAGCACUGUACAAUUAUCUCUUGGCUCGAGCCACUGGCGGGCAGUUUCUGAUCAGGAUUGAAGACACAGACAGGACAAGGCUUGUCCCCGAUGCUGAGGAUAGGCUAUUCAGGGAUCUGAAGUGGGCUGGGUUGGACUGGGAUGAAGGCCCGGGUAUCGAGGGCCCUUUUGGUCCAUACAGGCAGUCUGAUCGGUUGCCCAUUUACGAGUCGCAUGCGAAGCAACUCCUGGACGAAGGCAAGGCCUACAGGUGUUUCUGCAAGCCCGAGGAGCUAGAUCGCCUCAAACAGCAGCAGCUCGCAUCCGGCGUACAUGCACAGUAUCCUGGCACAUGCUCACACAUCUCGGCUGGGGAGUCUGACAGGAGAGCGGCCAGCGGAGAAGCACACUGCAUCCGCUUCAAGGCCGGAGAUGGACGGCCAUCCGUGAAGGACCUUGUCUACGGGACAUACGUUAGAGAUGGGGUCUCUGAGGAUCUGAUCAUUAUCAAGAGAGAUGGGUUCCCGACUUAUCACUUUGCCAAUGUUGUUGACGAUCACCUGAUGGAGAUCUCCCACGUCAUCCGUGGUGCCGAAUGGCUCCCCUCAACGCCCCGUCACGUCCAACUAUAUGAUGCCUUCGGCUGGACACCGCCCAAGUUCGCCCACGUCGCCUUGCUCGUCAACAGCGAGCGCCAGAAACUCAGUAAGCGCCAUGGCGACAUAGACAUCGCGUCAUGGCGAGACAAGGGCUACCUUCCCGUCGCGAUGCUCAACUAUGUCCUGCUGCUGGGCUGGAGCCACGGGCGAGGGCCCAAGGGUAGUGGCGGCAAGGUGAAAGGCCACAAGGAGGUCAUGGACCUCGAACAGAUGAUUGCCAAUUUCCACCUGCGCUUCACCAAGGGCGACAUCGUCGUCAACGACAAGCACGACCAUAUCCAGAAGGAGCACAUGGUCCGCCUUGCCACCGCGGACAACCACGCGCCGUUCUUCGCGCAUACCUUGCCGUUUAUCGAAAAGGCCAUCAAGAAAGUCGAGCUCUAUCGGCAGACUCCACCAUCGGCAACAUCGCCAGACGACUCGGGCAGGCCGGAAGCGCUUUUCCUUAAUCAAUUCCACCAGCUUGAUCUCGGGGAGCUUGUACCGCAAGCACGAUGGGCAGAGCAGGACGCACAGUCCCAGGACAUGUCCUCUGUGCUCCCGUACGUGCAGAAUGCCCUGGCCCUGGACCGGAAAAACUACAAGACGGCCGAGACGUACGUCAUGAAGCACUGCUAUAUGCUCUGGCAGAUACCCCCAGCCGAGCACCUUCGGACAUUGCAAGAAGGGUACAAGGAGUUCAGCCAGCUUCUCGUCGUGCCGUCCGGCGAAUCUGCGUCCGCGGCUGCAGAUAGUGAUGGCGGUAAUGACAAUGCCGUGCCGGCCAACCCAGCCGCGCUGGUACGGGACUUCAGAGAUCGCCUCGCGGGUGUAGACAUCUGGGAGAGAGACGCCAUCGCCGAACGGGUCGACCCUUUUGUCAAGUCCCUGCGCACCUCGGUGGGCGGAGUCCUCAAGGUCUCAGGGUAUCACCUCGUGCGGUGGAUCAUCAAUGCGCUACGACCUGGCCCCUCGCUCGUCGACUCGAUGGUGGUACUGGGUCGGGACGAGGUCAUGCUCCGCGCGAACCAGGCUGUCGAGAUCAUUGAGCAGGCUGAGAAGAGCGGCCAGCUGUAAAACCCACAAGACCUCAUGCCUGCCACUUGCCAUCCGUAUCACUGGGUUGCUGCCGAUCUGUAUUAUCAGUGUAUCAUAUUAUGCAUGUACCAUAUUGGAUAGAAUGGCAUUUGCAUUUACACAUGUACGAUGGGCCGCUUCGCCUCUUUCACUGUG